GACCACCAACCAGCUCAACCAAAGAUAGCACAGUCCUCCAAAUGUGGAAGUGCGAAUUGGGAGGACAGAAUAUUUACCCCCAUAUUUAGCCCUUUCCAUAAUACCAGUGUGAAACUUGAUUCCAGACAAAUUAUACAGUGACCAUCCCUCCAUGUUCAUAGUCACAUACAGACAUUCUUAACAGGCUGACGGGUCCUCGCUGCUAGAUAUAUUUAGAGUCGGGGUUGCUAUUAUCUUCAUCCACUGUACAGCCUGGUGAUUUGGGAUAGAAGCUGUCCCAGAGGCUUUGCGGCUGUUAUGAAACUAGGGAGUCCCCCAAAUUCACAUCCACAUCCACAAUCCAAUGAAUAGUGCAACCAUGGCUACUUUGUACCACUGAUUGGUUUUAUUUUUGGAUUUGUGGAGGCUAAAUAUAAUUUCUUUUUAAAGCCAAGGGAGCAGAAUUGUAUGGGUCUCAUAUCACCUUGUGUGGAAGACAUUCUGUUCUACUCAGCCUCUCAUAGUAAUGACAAUAGUGUUGCAUGUUGUUCAGACCAAGCAUUAUUAGUUUUUCUAAAUUAAAACAACCAGCGAAUUAAUAUGCAUACUGAGGUUUUUUUUUUUUUUACUGAUAUGACCUGGGAAUUGGUUUAUGUGACUGGAAGAAAAUGUAUAGCUUCCUAUAUAUAGGUCCUCUGUGCUAUUCUAAAGUAUUUUUCUUUGCGUUCUCAGCAGAGGAGGAGGAGGUAUUGGAUUCUGUACUGAGAGACAGAUCUCACAUCGAUGAGACAUUAAGACUGGCAGCAGAGGAGAAUGCAGGAAACUAUGCAGCUGCUUUGCAGAAACUGAGAAUGAUUUACCACAAUUCCAUCAGGCCUAUGGAACAUGCCUACAAAUACAGUGAGCUCAGACAACAUGAGAUCUCAGCUUAUCCAGGACGCACCCUGGGGGAUUCAGCCACAGAUGGAGAGAUAACUUCCAAACCCAUGGUCCUGUUCCUUGGCCCCUGGAGUGUGGGGAAAUCCUCUAUGAUAAACUAUUUGUUGGGGCUUCAAGAUACUCCUUAUCAGUUAUACACAGGCGCUGAGCCCACUACCUCUGAGUUCACUGUGAUCAUGCAUGGUGACAAAGUCCGGUCUGUAGAGGGCAUUGUAAUGGCUGCUGAUAGCUCUCGCUCCUUCUCUCCCCUGGAGAAAUUUGGCCAGAAUUUUCUGGAGAAGCUGAUUGGUAUUGAGAUGCCUCACAAGCUCCUGGAGCGUGUCACAUUUGUGGAUACACCAGGAAUCAUUGAGAACCGCAAACAGCAGGAGAGAGGGUAUCCCUUUAAUGACGUGUGCCAGUGGUUCAUUGACCGUGCUGACCUAAUCUUUGUGGUAUUUGACCCCACUAAGUUGGAUGUUGGCCUUGAGCUAGAGAUGCUCUUCAGGCAACUGAAAGGUCGAGAGUCACAGAUACGCAUCAUACUCAACAAGGCUGACAGCCUGGCCACUCAGGAUCUCAUGCGUGUGUAUGGUGCUUUGUUCUGGAGCCUUGCACCCCUUAUCAAUGUGACUGAGCCCCCACGUGUGUACGUCAGCUCCUUCUGGCCCUAUGACUAUGCCCCUGACACCAGCGUUGAGCUCUUCAAGCGCGAGGAAAUUUCUCUCCUGGAAGACUUAAACCAGGUGAUUGAGAAUCGCCUAGAGAAUAAGAUUGCCUUCAUUCGUCAACAUGGCAUCCGUGUACGCAUCCAUGCCCUGUUGGUGGAUCGCUAUGUGCAAACAUUCAAGGAGAAAAUGAGCUUCUUCAGUGAUCCUGAAUUGGUGUUCAAGGAAAUUGUGGAUGACCCAGAUAAGUUCUAUAUCUUCAAGUCUAUCUUGGCCAAGACCAACGUCAGCAAGUUCGACCUGCCCAACCGUGAUGCAUACCGCGACUUCUUCGGCAUCAACCCAGUAAAUAGUUUCAAGCAGCUCUCUGCCCAGUGCUCCUAUAUAGGUGGCUGCCUACUGGAUAAGAUUGAAAGGGCCAUUACCAAUGAUUUGCCAGGACUCCUGAGCAGCAUCCACUCCAAUAAGAACCCUACCCUGUCCUCCUGUGAGGCCACUGGCUGUGGAGAGAAGCCCAAGAAUCGCUACCGACGAAACUGAGAGAGGAAAAAUGGGAAACAUUGGUAGAGCAAGAGCAAGGGAAACAAAUCCUACUCCUCCCACAGGUCCGUCUCAGAAGUUGAGGAGAUCAGUUGAGGAGAUGUCAUCAGUUAUUUUUUAGCACAUUUUUUUUUAAUUGGGGAAAAGGGCCAGGCAUGGUGAUAUUUUGAUAAAACCUUCUGUUUUGGGCACUAAAUUAUUGAACUGUUAUAAGUUUGAAAUGGAAAAUUUAGAAAUAGGGGAAAAAUAAUAGCUGAUAUACAAAACAAUGAGUCCGAUACAUUCAGUAUAAGCUGCAUUCACUGAAUAAGAUUGAAAAAAAUCAUAAUCUUGUUGGCAGGUUUGUAUGAAAUCUAGAAGGUUGUGGUUUUGUAAACAAAUUGUCUAUAAAAAGAACAUGAGCACAUCAGCUCAUGGUAACAACAUUCUGUUUUUUCAUACAGUAGGUGUUGAUUUUAUUUGUAGACUUGUGACUAGACUGGUAUCUUUCUCAUGUCAUAUUCUAUUUAGGGAAAAUCACUGUGCUGCAUGUUUAGUCACAGAAGACUUUAAAGGGGCACAUAUUCAUACAUUUUUACUUAAUUUCUUGAAGCACAUUUUCAUAGUAAAAUAUAUCUGCUUAUAAUACUAUUUCCACAUGAAUGGAACGUGUCUUCUGGAAUAGUCACUUGAAUGUCAUAUUAGUAGGCUUUUUGUUUUCUAUACAUUUCAGGCAUUUUUGGAGAGAAACCUCUUUUUUAAAUGCUUAAUUGGCUUUAGAGUAUUAUGUGCCCGUGUGUUUUAACUGUGCAGGUGAUGUUUAUUGGGAAGUGAAUAAAAAAUUCAGUACCAUGUGAAUUUCCAAGUGGAAAACGAAAUAAAAGUGUUUGUGAUUGUAAAACUGCCUGUUUAUUUGGCAUACCCAGAGACAAAGUGUUUAUACCAAAGUCUCACCUGUUCUUCAGUGGAUAACUUCAGUUGUAUACUUUAAGUUUAAAGCAAAAACAACAACAACUUCAACAACAAAAACUCUACUGCAAUCAUAACAGACCCAGAUAAUCAUAAUGAACAUCCUUUCAACACACUUUGUACUGUUUGACUUUAUAGCAUACAGUUAUAGAAGAGUAUCAGCUUAGAACUGAUACUAUCUGGUGUCACCCAGAAGAGGAUUGGUUCCUUUAUAGGGUUCCUAUUAGGGUUCUUUCUCAUGUCAUCUCAGGGAGUUUUUUCCCCCUUGCCACUGUCACCUCUGGCUUACUCAAUAUGGAUCUAAAGCUAUAUCUGGAUUCCUGUAAAGCUGUUUUUAAAAAUUCUAUUAUUAAAAAGGAGUAUAUAUGAAUUAAGUAUAAAUAAAUCUAAUUUAAUUUAAUUGAAAUUGAAAUUGAAUUGGAUUGAAUUAAAUGGAAUUAAGUUAAUUGAAUUGAAUCAAAUUAACUGAAAUUGCUCUUAGUAGCUUGGUUCAAUCUAAUCCAAACCCUGCAUGUAUAUUAUAUAUUACUGUUAGUCCUGUACUCUUACUGUUAGUCUUGCCCUCAAGCAGGCAGGAAUAAGAUGCACUGAAGUGAGUAGUGGGUCUUGCUAUGCUAUGUGAUAUGCUCUGUAACUCUUUUCUCUGUACAUGGAAUACAAACAUAAUGUUGUUGUUUUUUUCAGACAAUAAUUUUGUAAUUAAAGUGAGUUUUUUCACAGAAAUUAUGUUUAAGAACAUAAUUUCUUGUCUUUGAGAAAUGUACAACCCCAAUUCUCAGAAAGUUGGGACAGUAUGGAAAAUGUUAAUAAAAUCAAAGAGGAGUGAUUUAUAAAUGUACUUUGACUUGUAUUUUAACAAAAAAUGUAUCAAGACAAGGUAUUUGAUGUUUUACCUAAUCAACUGCAUAGUUUUUUGAAGACAAAUGUUUAUUUUGAAAUUGAUGCAUGCAAGACGUUCCAAAAAAGUUGGGACAGGAGCAAUCUAAUAAUAGUAUAUAAGGACCCUGCCAAAAAACGCCUAGUCCUUCAAGAGCAAGUAUGGGUCGAGGCUCGCCAAUCUGCCAACAGAUGCUUCAGCAAAUAAUCCAACACUUUGAGAACAACAUUAUCCAAAGACAAAUCGGUAGGAUUUUUUUUGGACAUUUCACCUUCUACAGUGCACAAUAUAAUUAAAAGAUUCAAGGAAUCUGGUAAAAUCUUGGUGCAUAAUGGGCAAGGCCAAAAACCACUUGUAGGGAAAAUGAGCUGUUUGGGUUAAAUUGUUGCAUUCUCCACCAUUAUUUGUAACGAAAAUUAGUUGUUUAGAUUGAGCUACCUGUAUUCUUCACCAAAUAUUCAGGAGAGACUAGAAGAUCAGCUUGAAAGGGGAAAUUUGGCUAAUUUAGUUUUGAUCAACUAUUCAUCCAGUGAUAAGUUUAACUUAGCGUAUUCAUUAAUUAUGCCUUAGAUAUUACUUUCGUGGCCACCGGCAAUAAUAAUAUAAUAAAAUACAGUGAAACAUUAUUUGAGAGCAUGUAGCAAGAUCGACAAUUCAAGGAAAUAGACAUUUGUAAACAAUGAGACAUGUGUGUUUAAAAACAGACAAGAUUUUAUUGAAUUAUUCU